GGGCCCUGCCCGGGACCGUCCUGGACCGCAGCCCCGCCCCGCUCCGCCCGCAGGGUCCGAUGGCGGCGGCCCCGCCGAGGCUCCCGGCUGAGGUUGGUGUGACUUUUGAGGACAUUGCCCUGUACUUCUCCAGGAAGGAAUGGAGCCUCCUUGAUGAGAGUCAGAGACACCUGUACCUGAAUGUGUUGCUGGAGAACUUUGAAGGUAAAUCUUCGAUGGAAUCCCUUCCGCAACUUCGAGGGAGAAGCCAGAUCGCUGGCUUUUUGUGCAGAUGGAGGGGCUGAGAAGGCGGUAGAGUCAUGAUCCGCGCAGCACACACUCGGGUGUGAAUCUCGGCCACGCUGGGACCGGGACGGCCUUGCCCGCGGCAGCGUCUUCUCCCCGCGCUGGAGCCUCGCUCUGUCCACUGAGUCCGAUGGCGGCUGCCGCGCUGAGAC